GUGGGUGCGAGGCGCGGGGCGCAGGCCGUGCGCGCGCCGCCCGCUCCAUCCCUGCCCGGAGCGCAGCCGGCGCGGGCGCGGGACCGAGGCGAACCGGGUGCGGAGCCAACGCCCGCGGCAGCAGCACCAGCUCCUGCUCUCCACUGACUUCAGAGAGGGAGAUCCCCAAUACUUGACUCCAUCACGCAGAUGGGAGUGGGCACCAGCUAUGGAGAGGGAUACAGCUGUGUCUCCACAUGACCCAUCCUGCAUGACACCAAAGCCACCGCCAGACAGUGCCUCGGAUUCUAUGCAAAACCUGGGGAGUGGAGACCUACCCCAGUCCCGGGAGGAAGCUAGCUCUUCGAGGGAUCAUCUGAGGACUGGAGUUUGAUCCAUGAACCUGGCUUCAAGGCUUUGCUUUUCUCUAUUCUUCAUUCAUAUUAAUUCCCAACACCUUAGAAGGUGUUGCUUAAUUUAUUUCUAGAAAAGCAGCCCAGAGUCAGUCAUUGAAGCCUUCCCCACCCCCCAGCCAAAAAAAAAAAAAAAAAAAGGACACAUUUUGGCUCUGUUGGGAGCCUGGAGUCCAGUGGUUGGCAUAAUUGUCACAUUGGGAGUGGAGAAGAAGCAGCCAGGGGCCCUGGUCAGGGGACCGAGCCACAGGGUCCCAGCAUGGCACCCAAUGGCACAGCCUCUUCCUUUUGCCUAGACUCUACCGCCUGCAAGAUCACCAUCACCGUGGUCCUUGCGGUCCUCAUCCUCAUCACCAUUGCUGGCAAUGUGGUCGUCUGUCUGGCCGUGGGCUUGAACCGCCGGCUCCGCAACCUGACCAACUGCUUCAUCGUGUCCUUGGCUGUCACUGACCUGCUCCUCGGCCUCCUGGUGCUGCCCUUCUCUGCCAUCUACCAGCUGUCCUGCAAGUGGAGCUUUGGCAAGGUCUUCUGCAAUAUCUACACCAGCCUGGAUGUGAUGCUCUGCACAGCCUCUAUUCUCAACCUCUUCAUGAUCAGCCUCGACCGGUACUGCGCUGUCAUGGACCCACUGCGGUACCCUGUGCUGGUCACCCCGGUUCGGGUCGCCAUCUCUCUGGUCUUAAUUUGGGUCAUCUCCAUUACCCUGUCCUUCCUGUCUAUCCACCUGGGGUGGAACAGCAGGAACGAGACCAGCAAGGGUAAUCAUACCACCUCUAAGUGCAAAGUCCAGGUCAAUGAAGUGUACGGGCUGGUGGAUGGGCUGGUCACCUUCUACCUACCGCUGCUGAUCAUGUGCAUCACCUACUACCGCAUCUUCAAGGUUGCCCGGGACCAGGCCAAGAGGAUCAAUCACAUUAGCUCCUGGAAGGCAGCCACCAUCAGGGAGCACAAAGCCACAGUGACACUGGCCGCCGUCAUGGGGGCCUUCAUCAUCUGCUGGUUUCCCUACUUCACCGCGUUUGUGUACCGUGGGCUGAGAGGGGAUGAUGCCAUCAAUGAGGUGUUAGAAGCCAUCGUUCUGUGGCUGGGCUACGCCAACUCAGCCCUGAACCCCAUCCUGUAUGCUGCGCUGAACAGAGACUUCCGCACCGGGUACCAGCAGCUCUUCUGCUGCAGGCUUGCCAACCGCAACUCCCACAAAACUUCUGUGAGGUCCAAUGCCUCUCAGCUGUCCAGGACCCAAAGCCGAGAACCCAGGCAACAGGAAGAGAAACCCCUGAAGCUCCAGGUGUGGAGUGGGACAGAAGUCACAGCCCCCCAGGGAGCCACAGACAGAGUUGCCUGAAGCUCACGUGAGCGAAGGGACACAAACAUGCUCUGCCGUCUCCCAACAGGACAUAAGUCCACGCUGGAGCACUGAGCAUCAGAUUCAAGAAAAGCUUGUGUGGAUACUGCAGACCCACCAACAAGGGUUCCAGGUUCUGGAGUUGUGGGGGCAAAACUGCCUAGUGAGACCCCUGCAUAGUCCCUCUGGUCCUUGUAGCUGCCACCUCCAUUCCCAGGGGUGGAGUGUCCCUCCAUAGACUUGGAUCUGGGGCCCUCUGCUCCUUCACCACUGUCCAUCUGAAGCAAGCCUGUUGCUCCUGCAUUGAACUGUGGCCUCAGGCCCUGGACCCUGCCCCUCAAAUCCACCCUCCAAGUGCACACCUGGAAACUUCCGCUUCCAGUCCUGAUGGGCAAAACGCCCACCUACCAUAUCCUUGCGCAAUCUCUUAUUCAGGAGGCAGCUGGAGUGCAGAGCCUACUCAGUUCACAAAGCUUAAAAAAGAAAAAAAUACGGGGAUGUGGUUCAGCUAGAAGGUGGUUGCCGCUCCUGGGUUUAGUCUUGUGUAUUACUUUGUGUUUGCCGUUACCUGUUGGAGCCCUGGGUUAAUAAGCCGCCUUUUCAGUGGAGUCCUUAAGGGAACCUCUUCAUUCAAUAAGCACUUAACAACAAUAGCUAACAUUCAUUGAGCACCCACUACUGGCCCCUUUUCGAUGUCUGACAUUGUUUCCAGGCAUUCAUUGUUCCUCGGGGGCAUCCUACUCCCACCCCUGCACCAAGUGCUAAGGGCACGAAGUGAGAUAGAGCAUCUCCUACCCCCUGCCACCCUCGGCCACCUGCAAUUGCUCAUGGUCUAGUUAAGAAACUGACUGGUCAGAUUCAGAGCCACACAUGCCAAGGAUUGAAGCCCGGAUGGGGCUGGCACGUGGGCCCAGGAGCCCAUCCCGGAGAGUAGACCUCUGAGCUUUUAAAUGCAAAUGAGAAAGACCCUUUCAUCCAAGGCAGGACUGGACCCUUGAGACUCAGGGCCUCACUUCUUCCUCCACACAACCCUGUGAAGCAGGGACUUGCUUAAUCUCCACUUUACAGAUGGGAAAACUGAGGCUCACAGAAGUCAAGUAAACUGCCCCAAGGGACACAACCCAAAAUUGUGAUCUGAGCAACAACAGAAAUAGCAGCACCUGCCAUAGACUGUCCUCUGGGUGCCCAGCAUGCUGCAGGGUAUGAGUGUCCAUCUCCUGUUCUGAUCCUUGCGGGCACCCUGGGUGAGGGGCUGUGAAGAAAGCAAGGCCAGCAGAGAGGUGGUGCCUGCCAGGGUCAUGCAUGCAGCCAUGGAGGCAGGGCCAGAGGCAAGUCCAGGGCCCAUGCUCCUGGAGAGCACAGCUGUGGUCUGUCCUCCAGUGGUGCAGGGGCAGAGGGCUUUGGCAGAGAAGGGUUGGGGAGCCAGUCAGAGGGCCCCACACCAUGGUUGAGGGCAUGGAGGGUGGAGGUAGCCAAGAACAGCCAGAGGUUGAUACUCCCACCAAGACUGCCAGGGCGAUCAGGGCCUCGUGUGUCCCUCGAUAAGCUCGGCUCCCAGUUUCCCUGCUGGCUGAUAGCAUGUCCUUCCAGCUCUCCGUCUGGGGACAAACCCGCACUGACCCAGAGCCCUUAUCACUGCCAAGACUGGGCUGUCUGCCUGAGCCAAGAAUUCCAAAGGGAACUGAGCCAGCCUGCCCUGUGUGGGGUGGGGCACCAUCGGCCAAGGGGUGACUCCAGAAGAUAGAGUGGCCAAGCUGGCUGGUCCUCCCUUCCCUGUGGCCAACUGGCAGCCACCCCACAACGUUCCUGCCCGGCCUCUAAGAGUGCUCUUUGCAGCACACCCAGGGCCGCUCACCCCACAGUCAGGGGCCCCGGCUGGUCCCACCAUUUGAGAACCUGCUGGCUGCCUUGUGGGCAGAUACCAUCUGCCCCUAAUCACCCCUCAUCACCUCUCCCCUGUCUGAUCUCAGAUACCCCUGCUCCCAGCCGCUCCCUGUCUGCUCCGUCACUCACAGUGAGCUCCCUAAAUCAUGAAUCUCAGUGUAGUGCCCUGCUCAGGACCCUCCUCUGCCUCCCACGGCCGCCUGCACAUAGGUAGCCCUGUGUCCAUUUCCUGUGACUGCCAUAACAAAUCCCCACCAGCCUAGUGGCCAAACAUAACACACGUUAUUCUGUUGCAGUUCAGAAGGCCAGAUGUCUGAGAUCAAGGUGUUAGCAGGGCUGGUUCCUUCUGAAGGCUUCCAGAGAGCCUCCCUUUCCUUACCUUUCCCCACUUGUAGUUAGCCUGCAUGCCUUGGCUUAGGGCCCUCUCAUAUCACUCCAGCCUUUUGCUUCCAAGGUCACGUCACCUUCUGCUCUGCUGUAGCCAGCUCUCUCCCUCUACCUCCUUGUUAGAAAGACACUUGCAAUUGCACUGAGGCCCGCCUGAGUAACCAACCCAUGCUACUCUAGAACCCCAGCUCACAUUUCAUAACAUCAUCGAAUCUGCAAAGUCUGUUUUGCCGCGUAAGGUAACACUCUCAAGGGAUUAGGAUGUGGACGCAUUUGGGGGCCAUUAUCCAGCCUCCCACAAGUCCCAACCCUCUGACCCAUCCUGAUUUGGUCCCUGCCCACCAUCUUGCUGCCUUUCCUGCCACCUCCCCGGCCCCAUCCACCACCCUCUGCCCCAGCCAGAAUAAACCACCCAGAGCUCAAUGAGAAGCAUUUACCAAGGACUUGCCACCUGCCAGCACUGUUUGCGGUAGAGCAGUGAGCAAGUCUGAGGCCCUCUUCUCAUAGGAAUGUUACUCUACAGCAGGCAUUCUCACAGUGUGGCCCCCACCCGCAGGGGACUCCCGGAAACAGAGGAGCUGGCCUGGGCCGCCAGCCUUAAUGAGUGGCAGAGCUAGAAUUUGAGCCCGAGUCUCUCUGAUCCCAAAGCCUAGACUCUAGGAUGAAAUGCUCUCUGGAUUUGAACUUGGCCCUGUUUUUGACUGUCACCUCAGUGCUAGCCCUACACAUACCAGAUGAGGAAAAUGAGGCACAGGGAGGCAAGUGACCUGUCUGAGGUGUGAAGCAAACUCAGGAGAGGCUGGGAGGAGAACCCUGUGUUUCUGGACCCCUGCCUAGGUCUCUUUCAGCCCUUUCCCCACCCAUUCACUUGUUCAUGGUAAUCUCCCAAGGCGGGAGAUAAUAUUCAUUAGCACCUGGGCUAUCACAGUCUCCGGGCGUGGCCCGUCCUCAUGCCUACACAGUCCCUGGGCCUGUGCCUGUGCCUGUGGCUUCAGUACUCCUGAUGCCUGGAGGGCUGGAGUCACAGCUGGUGCCUCCGCAAUCCUUCCAGCUCUUCUUCUGUCCCCCCAUCAGCUCAGCAUCCCAGCUGGCCCCUGACUGGCUCCCUGAAUUUGCUUUUCUUCCCUCUGUGAGGUUUUCAGGCGUAAGUUGGAUUAUACUCCACUUCUCCUAUUGCUUAGAGUAAAACAGCAAAUUCUUAUUCCCAUCUCCAAGGCCCUGCCCUGCCACGACCUCCUCUCCUCCCCUCUGGCUCCCCUCAGCCCACAUGGUGUCUAACCCCAUGCAGGCUCCCCUCAGCCCAGACCCUCUUCUUCCCCCUCUUGACUUACCCUACUGGUUUAACGUCUGCUCCCCCUAGACCGUAAGCUCCAUAGGACAGGCCCCUGUCUGUGUUGUUCACUACUGGACCCUAACACGUGGCACUGUGCUUGGCACAGAACAGGCCCAGGAAUAUUGCUGGUUGAAUAAAGGAAUGAGUGAAUGUCUUGUGAUAGGCCCCCAAGAACCCUGAGAAGUGAACCCACCCCCACUGUAGAGAUCAGGAAACCACGUCUCUAAGAGAGAAGUUCCAGAAACCUCAUAAGAACUCAGAGAUUCCUGGUUCCCCUUUUUAGCUUGGAUGGCACAAUAAGCCUCCCUGCAAAUACUGGCAUCGGGGCAGGCUUCCUGGCAGAACCCAGCACCAGCUCUGAAUCACAGAACCGCGGGGUGGGAACAGCCUAACCCCUCUCCAGCUCCAGCACAGAUGAACCCGGGAAGGUGGUGCGACUUCUGGCCAAUAGCAUAGACAGCGAGUUCUGAGUCAGGAUUGGAAUCCGGAGUUCCCAACAACCUGGGCUGCGUCCACAGCAUCACCACGGCAUGUCCUGAUUUGGCCAGAAGUCAGGGGCACAGCUUGAGGAGCAAGACUGACUUUAUCUUUUGCUCCAAAUCCAAUCUCAGAAGAUGAGGCUGCAAACCACGUGUCUGAUACACACACUUCUCAAGAAGAGCUGUUGCCCAGAAGAUAAGUUUCCUUAAGGGCCUGAAUGUGUUCACCCCUUCAAGAGCCCCAGCUUGUUCACUUACACAUUCAGCUCUACUGAAAUGCUCCCUUUAGCACGUGGUUUCAGUGUUCCUGCCUGGCCUCUAUGAGUGCCCUUUGCAUUACACCCAGGGCAGCUCACGCCACAGUCAGGGGCCCCGGCUGGCCCUGCCACUCGGGAACCUUCUGGCUGCCUUGUGAAGCUGGAUCCCUGUCUCACAGCUGCUGCGGGUGCUCUCCUGGGGUGCUGGAGGGUGAGUCUGCCUGGUAUGAGUUAUGGCCCCACCACUUACUGGUUUGAUGACCUCGGGCAAGUCACUCUCCAGUCUGAGCUGCAGCUUCUUUACAGUAAAAUGCUGAUAAUCAUCAGACUUACUUGGAAAAGUCAGCAAAGGCGUAAAGGGCACAGACAUUUAGCGUAAUUCCUGGCAUGUGACAGCUACUUCAGCAAAUGAGAAUUUUCAUUCUUCACCAUCCAUCUCAUUUUCUUGUUCCUGUCUGCCUGCCUGCCUUCCUUUUUCUUUCUUUCCAUUUUAUUGUAAGUUUUUUUCAAGCUACAUUUGAUAUAUUAUAGAAUUCACCUGUUUGAAGUGGACAGUUCAGUGGUUUCUAGUAUAUGCAUGGAGUUGUGCAUCUACAAUCACAAUCCAUUUUGGAACAUUUCACCACCCCCCAAAAGAAACCCUGCACCUGGGAGCUGACCCCCACCCUCCCUGCGCUCCACUCCCUGCACCUUCACCCCGAGGUGGCCAUGCAUCUGCUUUCGGCCUCUCUGGACCUGCCUGUGUGACAUUUCAUGGAACAGGUGCUCUUCUGUGCCUGGCUCCCUCACUUAGUGUAACAUUGCCACGGUGCUAUCUUUGUUUUCCGCCUUUUCUUCCUUUGCCUCUUUCUUCCAUCCUUUUUGCUGUGAUUUUUCCUUCCCCUGUUUCUUCUUUCCUUCCCUUUCUUCCCUCCAAGGGCCCAGUUUUCCUUCCCCAAGUGUUCGGGCU